AUGCGCGCGAUUCAGCGCGGCGUCGCGACGCGCGCGCGCGCGGACGUCGCGGACGUCCUCGUCGUCGGCGGCGGCGUCGCCGGCGCCGCGCUCGCGUGCGCGCUCCGCGCGCGCGACGCGACGAAAGAUCUGCGCGUCGUCGUCGUCGACGGUGGGGACGCGAAUCCGGCGCCGAAGCGCGACGACGCGAUCGACGCGCGGUGCGUCGCGCUGACGCCGCGGUCGAGGGCGUUUCUGGCGCACGAGUGCGGGGGGGCGUGGGACGAGAUCGAGCGCGCGGGACGGGCGAGGGCGUUCGACGCGAUGCAGGCGUGGGACGGCGUCGGCGGCGGACACGCGACGUACGACGCGCGGGAGCUCGGCGCGGCGUCCCUGGGGACGGUGGCGGAGAAUCGGGUCGUGCUGUGGGCGCUGGAGCGCGCGGGCGAGCGACUGGGGGUCGAACGCGUCGCGAGGGCGCGGGUGACGGCGACGAAGACGCCGGAGGAGGACGCGAGCGGGACGCCGGCGCGGGCGACCGUCGUCGUCGAGGACGCGGGGAAGGGCGGGAAGGCGACGACGACGCGCGAGGGGGGGGCGGGAGGUGGUGAAGCGAGCGAGCGGACGAUGGAGAUCGACGCGCGGUUGAUCGUCGCGGCGGAUGGGCCGAAGAGCGCGACGCGGACGGCGGCGGGGAUAAAAGUCGGGGGGUGGGGGUACGGGCAACGCGCGGUGGUGGGGACGGUGAGGACCGAUCGCGCGCACUCGACGGCGUGGCAAAGAUUCUUGCCGACGGGACCGAUCGCGCUGCUGCCGAUCGGAGACGGGACGUACUCGAACGUGGUUUGGACGACGACGCCGAGCGAGGCGAAACGCUUAGCCGAGGACGCGAGCGACGCCGAGUUCGCGCAGGCGGUGCACGACGCGUUGCAAGGGCAGGGGGCGUACAAGUCGCAGUACCAAGAAGAUUUCAAUCGAUUCGCGACGCUGCGUUUCGUGGAAGACGUGGCGAAUCAGGUGUUUAAGCCGCUCGCGCGCGCGGCGAGGACGACGAUGAGCAAAGUCGUCGGCGUCCCCGCGAUUGAGGGCGCGGACGAAGCGGCGCGGCUCGAUUUCGCGCCUCCGUUUCGUUACCCGCCCGAUGUAUUGCCCGCGGGCGAAGGCACCAAGCGUGGAUCUUUCCCGCUGUCCACGCACCACGCGACGCGCCUGAUCAAGCCUCGUCUGGCGCUCAUCGGCGACGCCGCGCACGUCGUCCACCCGCUCGGCGGUCAGGGCUUAAACCUCGGCUUACGCGACGCCGAGCUCUUAGCGAACGCGAUCGCCGACGCCCGCGCGCUCGGACAAGACAUCGGCAGCGUGAACGCUUUGAAUCCGUACGCUCGCGCGAGCGUCGCCGCCAACGCGCCGAUGAUGGCGGCGCUCGACGGUUUACAAAAGCUCUUCGCCAACGACACCUACCCCGUCGCCCUCGCGCGCUCGCUCGGUCUCGCCGCGGUGAACGCCACGGGUCCAGUUCGCAGAAAGAUCGCUUGGUACGCCAUGGGCGGCGCGUGA